UUUUCUUUUCCGGCGGCUGGGGAGUCGGUCGGUAACUGCUGAGGGUCCGAAGUUUGGAAGCGUUUUCGGCAGCUCUUCGACGGGCCCCCAGCCGUCAACAUGCCACAGAACGAAUACAUAGAGUUACACCGAAAACGGUAUGGCUACCGCUUGGAUUAUCAUGAGAAAAAGAGAAAGAAGGAAAGCCGAGAGGCUCAUGAACGUUCAAAGAAAGCAAAGAAAAUGAUUGGUCUAAAGGCCAAACUCUACCAUAAACAGCGUCAUGCUGAGAAGAUUCAGAUGAAAAAGACUAUCAAGAUGCAUGAAAAGAGAAAUACCAAGCGAAAGAAUGAUGAAAAAACUCCCCAGGGAGCAGUGCCUGCAUAUCUGCUGGACAGAGAGGGACAAUCCCGAGCCAAAGUUCUUUCCAACAUGAUUAAACAGAAACGAAAAGAAAAAGCUGGUAAAUGGGAAGUGCCCUUGCCAAAAGUUCGUGCCCAAGGAGAAACAGAAGUGUUAAAGGUUAUUCGAACAGGAAAGAGAAAAAAGAAGGCUUGGAAGAGAAUGGUUACUAAAGUGUGUUUUGUUGGGGAUGGCUUUACACGAAAACCACCGAAAUAUGAAAGAUUUAUUAGGCCAAUGGGUUUACGUUUUAAGAAGGCUCAUGUAACUCACCCCGAACUUAAAGCCACUUUUUGCCUACCCAUACUUGGUGUGAAGAAGAAUCCCUCCUCCCCACUAUAUACAACUUUGGGUGUUAUUACCAAAGGGACUGUCAUUGAAGUGAAUGUGAGUGAGCUGGGCCUUGUGACACAAGGAGGCAAAGUUAUCUGGGGAAAAUAUGCACAGGUUACCAACAAUCCAGAAAAUGAUGGAUGCAUCAAUGCAGUCUUGCUUGUUUGAUUGACUGAUUGAAUGAAGAUUCUACAAUAUAUCAAGAAAACCACAACAGUUACUACAUUGAACAGUCACAAAACAAAACCAAAGACACAAUUCUACAUAUUGGAAAAGAGAUGAGACACUUUUCUUACUCUUUUGACACUUUUUCCUGUUUUGGAGUGGCAAUAAAAAAAGCUUGUAGUUACUCUGA